CGGGCCCGCGCUCCCCCCUCACCCCCCCUCCCCCCCCAUGCGGAGCUGAGGCGGCGGCGGCGGCAGCGGGGAGGCCCCGGGCAGCGCCCUGAGCCAUGGAGGGCAUGGACGUGGAUCUGGACGCGGAGCUGAUGCAGAAGUUCAGCUGUUUGGGCACUACCGACAAGGACGUACUGAUCGGAGAGUUCCAGCGCCUCCUCGGCUUCCAGCUCAGCCCCGCCGGCUGCGCCUUCUUCCUCGACAUGACCAACUGGAAUCUGCAAGCUGCCAUUGGAGCCUAUUAUGAUUUUGAGAGUCCAAAUAUCAAUGUCCCAUCCAUGUCCUUUGUUGAAGAUGUCACCAUAGGUGAGGGAGAGUCCAUCCCUCCUGAUACCCAGUUUACAAAAACAUGGAGGAUACAAAACACAGGGACAGAGGCCUGGCCCCCAGGGGUUUGUCUGAAGUAUGUUGGGGGAGACCAAUUUGGGCACGUGAACAUGGUGAUGGUGAGGUCCCUGGAGCCCCAGGAGAUUGCAGAUGUGAGUGUCCAGAUGUGCAGCCCCAGCACAGCAGGAAUGUAUCAGGGACAGUGGCGAAUGUGCACUGCCACGGGACUCUACUACGGAGAUGUCAUCUGGGUGAUCCUCAGCGUGGAAGUUGGAGGACUUCUAGGUGUAACACAGCAGCUCUCAUCCUUUGAAACGGAGUUCAACACACAGCCACACCGCAAGGUAGAAGGAAACUUUAACCCCUUCGCCUCUCCACAGAAGAACAGGCAACCAGAUGAAAACAACCUAAAAGACCCUGGGGGUUCCGAGCUAGGCACAAUCAGCAAAAACACAUGGGGGCCUGCUCCUGACCAAAUCGAACAAGAUCAGAAUGGACUCUCACAAAACUCUGUAAAUCUCUCCCCCAGCAGUCACUCGAACAACUUGUCGGUAGUGACGUACAGUAAGGGUUUCCACGGUCCUUAUCCCUUCGGACAGUCUUAAAACACACAAAAAACACAAAACGGGUAUCGGCAAGAGGAGAACUUAACAAAGAACUGACUUUUGGGGGAAGGGAGGGGGAUUCGUGUGGCAGACAGACACAGCGUGGAUCCCCCCCUUCUCUGCCUCCGUGUUCUGGAUAAAGAAGAAAAAACAAAAGCCCAGUAACUUAAGACUAGCUGUUUCCAGAGGAAAAUACAAGAUCUAAGUAUGCAUGUGUGAAUGUUGGAGUUCAGGAGUGUUGUUAAAUGCUAUGAGAAAGAAAAUAUACCAACACCAUGGGUUUGGUUUUUUUUGGAAAUCAUUCUCACAGAUAAUUAGGUAGCUUCAAGGUGAAAAAUGAAAAAGCCAUCUUUAAAAAAAAAAAAAUAUUUUGCCUACAGAGCGGUUGUAGUUUGAGCAAGUGUUUAAUUUCUGUUUGUUUCUUGUUCAUAUUUUUUUUUUAAAUAAGGGACAGCGUGCAUUUUAUGGAACUGUCAUGUUUUGCUUGCUUUUGAAUGGGAAUUUCCUCAGCAUCUUCUGGGGUUUGUGCAGUGACUUCUUUUUGUCAGACGUUUUUUAAUGACAGGUUGGGCCUGUACCCACCUCUGCAUUUUUAAUGCCAUCUGCUGGUUUUAGUUAACAACUUUUAAAAUCUUUUCUUUCUUUCUUCUGUAUUUUUUUCCUUUUGAUUUGGGUGUUGCUGUGAGUUGUCCUGCAUGUUGUUGGCAACCAUGCUGAAGAGCAAGUCUCAAAGUUGGAGAGAAAGACUCUGGGACUUCUAGGGUAACAUGGAGGGCUUGUUACCCUUCCCUUUGUACAUGAAAUACACACGAAUGCACACCCAUAUUAAUAAGGAACAGAUUAAUUAAAGUUCCAGAGCUGUCUGUGUGGUUAGCAUUUGAAAAUACCUUUUUUUGUUAACUCUUGCUGUACAGUAGCUGUGCUUAGAGCAACCAACCAAGCUAUCAGUCUUGUGCCAAGAGGAAACUUUUCUGUAGCUGUAAUUCACUUGGUAAUAGUUGCAGAGCUUUACAGAAGCCAUGUCCUUUUAAUUUUGGAUCUCCCAUCUCUUACAGAGUCUUAAGUUUGCAUUAAUUUCUCCUGUGCUUUGAGGCUUAAUUGUUCUUGAAUGCAGAGCAAGAGUGAGCAUCACCAGUUGGGUUCCACUCCAUCGCCUUGUGUUCAUCCUGGCUUAGAGGAUCUUUGAGGCUCUUGGAGGAUCUUUGAGGCUCUUGGAGGUCCUUUGAGGCUCUUGGAGGUCCUUUGAGGCUCUUGGAGGUCCUUUGAGGCUCUUGGAGGUCCUUUGAGGCUCUUGGAGGUCCUUUGAGGCUCUUGGAGGUCCUUUGAGGCUCUUGGAGGAUCUUUGAGGCUCUUUGAGGACCUUUGAGGCUCUCGGAGGACCUUUGAGGCGCUCGGAGGAUCUUUGAGGCUCUCGCCUCCUAAAUGGACUCUCCAGGGCUUGGUGUUAGAGGAGGAAUCUCUGCUGUAAAGAUUCCUGUGGCUCUGCUGUUCCUCCAGUGUGUUCUCCUCUAGUUCUGGAUUCGGAAGCCCAGUGUGAGGGGAGGGAGAGUUGGCCCCGAGUGUUUGUGGCUGGGUUUGUGCUGUGGCACCACAGAUGCUGCUGGAGGGGAGCGAGGUGAUGGGAUGUAACAUGAACCAGGCUGCAGCAGCCAUCUGCCAAAGCUGGGCUCAGAAAAAGCUCCCACUGCCUUCCUCCAGAUCUUCCCAGUGAAGGCUCUUGUCCUCCUUGCUGCAUGGCAGGUGGCUUUGCACCCACAGCUCUUGGCUACUUGUAUUUUCUUGGCUGGUUUUCAACGUGGGAUUAAUUUUCAUUGCAGCCACCAAGGACUCUGUGUCUUGGUGCACACAUCUUGUGGAGGGCAGUGGGAGUUCCUCACACCUGACAGAGGAUGAACUGGGCCAGUGGGUUGAAUUUUGCAUUUUAGAGGUUCAGGUGUUAAAGGUUGCUGUUAUCUGAGGUCUCCCUUCAAACAAAUCUGCUUUGCUGAGAGAAACAGGUAUUAUCUAAGAACUUAGCUGCAUAAAAGAGGUACUGCAUGGUUUGGACUGCUGGCCAUUUGCACUUGCAGUUUGGUGAGCACCUUGGCAGCUUCCUGGAGCUGGGGGAGUGUUCAGAUCCAUGGCAGGUGGUGCUGUGCUGCUCUGGUGGUUGAUUCUUGUCCUGUAACAUCAUUUUGCCUUGGGUUAGUUAUCUCCUCUUAGGAUCCAGUCUAGGGGAGCUAGUUACAUCCCUGUAAGCUUGGGCAAGUGGACUCUUCUUGGCUUCUUCCUCUCCAAACCAGUGGCUUGUGUGACAAGCUCCAGUGGUGUGAACACCUACCUGGCAUCACAUCACAUCACACCUCCUGCAAUGCUGCUCCUUCCCUUCUGAAGGCAUCUAAACCCUGGAGGCUGCUGUUUGUCCAGGUGACAAUGUGAUUCCUUAUCUUUAUGAGCUCCUUUUAUCAACUGUGUAGCAGAAAGAAGGGGGGAUGAAGAUCUGGGUCUUGUCUGUCACAGCUGGUGCUGCAAUCUUUGCUUUUUUCAGCUGAAGCAUCCAGCAGACCCUUGCACUGGGUACCCCCCACUGGCUUUCCUCUGCUCCUCCUGUGUGUAAUGGCUGCCACAUUCGUGUUCCUGUGCUCAUCUCCUAAGACUGAAUUUUCCUUUUCUUGAAAAAAAAAAAACAAAACCAAAAAACCCAAACAACAAAAUACAACUUGCAUGCACCCCAAGUACUCGUGUGCUUUCCCACUCAGAAGGCAAUGCUCGUUCUGCACAGACUUGAAUUCUUUGGAGUGUUCUCAGUCCGUGUUGUCCUUGUGACAAGAGUCACUCACUCCAGGGUGUGAAGAAAGGCAGGACCAGGUCAGAGUUGCUGCUGAAAUCUGCAGGCUCACAUCACUGCUCUUCCCCAGGUACCUGUGUGUGAGCACUGCAGAGGAUGGUGCAGAGCUCAGUGCUUUGAGGGUUGGGGUUGUCACCCUGGCUGUGACAGUGGAAGAAUGUUUCAAUGAGUGGUUGCUCUACCUCUGGGUUUUUCCUCGAGUAAAAACUGUUUCACUGAGGCCAAAGGUGGUUUUCUCUCCUCUGGUUCCUAAGGUUCUGCAGCCAGCCCUCAAAUUGCUCUUCCUGCCAGGUCUUCAGCUUUUAAAUAGGGGGAUUGGAGGUGUGUUCAGCAAAAGCUCUUUUCAGGGGGCUGUGGUUGUACUGGUGUCUGUAGGGCUGAUGCAUUCAGUCUUGUGGAGUCUCAGCAUGAGCUACAGGAAACAAAGGCCCUGACAUUGCAGAAGUGCUGAAUGCCACCUGGCUCAGGUGACCUGAUCCAGAACUCAAGCCUGUUAGAAAUGGGAGGGAAUCCUUACCAGGCUGAGACUGAUGAACCAGUGAAGAGGCUGUUAGCCCAGUGAGGCUGGUGUUCCUGACUGGGGGGGUGAUGGGGCUGGGACCCAUUGGGAUGGAAGGGUGCAGUGAGAGAGAGGCUGCCACUGACUGCAGUCUGAUGGACACACGUUUGUUUUGAAGUCCUGAGAAGGAGGGGGAGAGGGAGAGAGAGAGAGAGAGCGAGAGAGCUUUCUUAAUCCCCCACCUCUCAAAAAAAAAAAAAAAAAAAAGAUGCUGAACACCUCUGGUUUUCUCUCAAAUGGUUCUAGCAUGAGGAAACCAUAUUGCUAAUACAGUGAGCAAGGGCAGCCCAGGCCCCUCUCUCAGCCUGGGCAAACAGCACGAUAUCCCUAGGACAUGGGGGGAGCUGGAAUCUGCUGCCCAUGGAUCAUGGAUGUUGGAUUCCAACCCUCCAAGGUUUGGAAGAUGUGGCUCCCCCAGCCAGGGGCAAAGCAGAGAGCAGCUGGAGCCUGCAGGGUUAGGAAAUGCACGCUGUCCCACGUCUGGGUUUCUGUUGUGUGUUUAAUUUUUCUUUUUUUUUUUUUGGUGUGUGAGUGUGUGGGUGGUUCUGCAGCCUGUCUAUUCUCUCCAGGGGGAGUGCAUGUGUAGAACAGGAUGGUGUGUUGCCUCAUUGAGUCUGGGAGAAGUCCUAUGAUAGCACAUUGGGGGUAAAAAUAAAGGAAGCUUUUUCCUUAAUGUAUAAAUGAAUAUUUGUAUGAUUAAAUUAACACAGAAAAAAAAAA